UAAAGAUAAGCCAAUAAACUAUGAAAGUGAAGUGGGCCCAUUUGAUUGGCCUGCAUCAAGAUAUAAAAAUGUGAUUGAAAUCAAAGAAAAAGCCUUGAAAAAUGCAAUAGAUUCUGAUAUGGAUUACAUAUUUUAUUUAGAUAUGGAUAAUUUUAUCACCAACCCUGACACGUUGAAUUUCCUUAUUAGAACAAAAUUACCUCUAGUCUCUCCAAUGCUCACAUCGGGACACUACUCAAAUUUUUGGGGUGCAAUGAAUGAAGAGGGUUAUUACAAACGCCAUGACGACUACAUGCCCAUUGUGAAGAGGGAAAAGAAGGGUUGCUUCAAGGUUCCCAUGAUUCACUCCACGUAUCUUAUAGAUUUGAAAAAAGUUUUCCCCGGGAAAACUAACGUAAACAUAAGGAAAGAUAGCGGCGACAAACACGUGAUCAAAAAUUUUCUCACCUUCGACCCCGAAAAUUUUCCGUCCUACAAUUUGACGUUGGACGAUAUCAUAAUAUUCGCCAAAUCGGCGCAGGCUUCUAAGGUGGACAUGCACAUUUGCAACAACGAAACCUUUGGGCAUCUUUUGGAACCCCUUAAAUCUAACGCGAAACUAGACGACAUCAAGCUAUACAUGCACGAACUCAAGAUGGAUAUUUUAAAUAGUGAACCAGCUGGUCUUCUAGCUUCCAGAUUCGUUCCUCAACCUAAAUUGCCUACCAAAAACACUAUGGGAUUUGAUAAGGUUUACAUGAUCAAUUUAGAAAAAAGACCCGAGAGGAGAGAAAGAAUGCUCAAUUGCUUCGAUGAGUUAGGGCUAGAUGUGACUUUAAUCAACGGGAUAGAUGGAAAUAAAUUGAACGACUCAUUCCUGAAGACGCAAAAUAUAACUAUGCUCGGUAAUUACAAGGAUCCCUACCACAAGAGAGCGUUAACCCUUGGCGAGAUCGGUUGCUUCCUCAGCCAUUAUCAAAUUUGGAGAGAGGUUUUAGCCCGGGAUUACCGGAAGGUGUUGGUAUUUGAAGACGAUAUCAGAUUCGAAAAAGAUUUUAGGACCAAAGUUGAAGCUCUCAUGAAAGAGCCAGAACGCCUCAAGAUGAAUUGGGAUCUGAUAUAUUUCGGAAGGAAGCGUUUAGUUCCACCCGAAAGGGAGAAAUACAUUAAAGAUUCGGAUAUUUUGGUUUGGCCUGAUUACAGUUAUUGGACCCUUUCUUACGCACUUUCCCACACAGGAGCCCAAAAACUCAGUCAUUGCAGUACUUCUUCGAAACCGAUAAACCCGCUGGGCUCGGUCCCCAAAGACGAUUCUCUAUGCCCAUUGAACAAGAUGGUGCCAGUCGACGAGUACCUGCCUAUAAUGUUCGAUAUGCACCCUGAGGAAGAUUGGAAAAAACAUUUUCCCAAUCGUGAUCUGGUAGCCUUUUCGGCCUACCCUCUAAUAGUUUACCCCACCCAUUACACCGGUGACGAUCUCUACUUUUCCGACACUGAGGAUUCGCCCGUUAUAGCCAACAUGACAGCCGUUCCGCACCUCUUCAACCAUCGCUACGACACGAAUGGUCAUAAGAAUAGGGAGGAAUUGUGAAAAUUGAUUAAAUAUAUAAUAUAUUUUUUUAUAUUUUUGUUUGAAUGAAUUUAUUUUAUUUUCUCUUAUCAAUUGUCCUCCCCUAGGAAAAAAAAUUAUGAAUAGCUGAAUUUGCGCAUUAAAUUUAACUUUUCAAAUUUCUCUAAUGCCCCAUUUUUUUUAACCAUAGUUGGACUCUUAAUGUAUCAUAUUAUUGAGCCUUUUCUUUAUCCAUUUGGUGGUUAGUUUUUUUUCCUAAAGCUAUUCUAGUAAUUCACACCCCGAAUGUAGAAACACAUUUAUUAUAUAUCAAUUUCUUAGUAUACCAUCUCUACCCUGCAUCCUUAUCAUCAUUUUAAUAGUUGAUAUGAAAAAAAAUAUUAAAGAACCUAAUUGAUAAAAAUAUUUUUUUAGAAUUUUUAGGCCCUUCUAAUAAAAAAAACAACUUCUUUUAACGCUCUUCUAAUAAUUUGUUAUGCCCAAAAUAUUAUAUUAUUCUUUUUAAAACGCGGUGUGCUAUGAAUGAUGCCAACUUUUUUUAAAAUAGCUUUUUAUUUUAUAACUCGUCUCGUAAAUAUAAUAAAAAGAGAUUUUAAAUAUUUAUAUUUAUUAGAUAUUUUAUAUUAAUAUUUUUUUUUUAAAAUAAAUAAUAAUAUUUCAACACUGAAUUCUGAAAUUGGACGCUAAAAUUAAUCAAAUUAUUUUUUUUUGCAAUAUUUUAAUUCCAUAAUAAUUAUUUAUAUAAAUUAUUCCUUAUUUUUUUUCAAUAUUAAUUUUUAAAUUUAACAAACCCCGUGUUAUUUUUAUGGCUACGUCUUCGCGAGCAAAUUUUUUAAAAAAAUGCGCGGAUACGCGCUUGCGCCAAUAUUUGCUAAAGACACUCACGUUUGUUUAUAAUAUUGCGCACUAAUUGUUAGCGAAGACUUAGGCUAAAUAGCGAAAAAAAUUAUAUUUUAUAUAAAGUAAGCCUAUUCAAAAAUGAAUACGAAAUCGAAUAAUUUGCUAUUCGUAUACAAGUAAUAGAUUAUUCGAUUUGUUUGACAAAUUCGAAUAAUUUGUUAUUUAAUUCUUAUUAUAUUUAUACUAAUCAACUUUCAAGCCAAAAAUUAUUCAUCAAAUUUAUUUCUAUUUUUUUUAAAAUGCAUCAACCUCUCUCCCACUGCCACAUCCUUUUCAAUAAUUGCUUAGCGACAAUAAACCGAUAAUUUUUUUAAAAAAAAUGGUUGAAAUACACAAUCACAAAUCUCUCUUUCUUGCUUUUACUAAUUUUUUUUUUUUAGAAAUUCAUAUUUUAAAAAAUAUAUAUUAUGUAUUUAUUAUUAUAUUUUAUAGAUUUAGAUGCAGCGAAUUCUUU